UGCGGGGCGCUUUGUUCUCCAGUCUUCGGUCUGUGUUUGAUAGAGAUUCACAGUUUUGUGCUCCCCUCUGGAAAUACCUGUUUGUUUUAAAACGGCUAUGGUUACGGAAUAUAGAUACAAUGCUGCGACAACGACAAACGAAGUCGAUCUUUCUCAUUGUAUUUUUUUGCAUUUGGAAAUACUCUAAUGGCCAGAUUAUGUAUUCCGUGCCGGAGGAGGCAAAACCGGGGACAACUGUCGGGAAUCUAGCAAAGGACUUCAGCCUGAAUUUAGACGAUCUGGAGCUUCGGGGAUUUCGUAUCGUUUCAGGUCAGAAUGAGAGGUAUUUCGACCUAAAUAGAAAGACGGGAACACUUCAUAUUAAAGACAGAAUAGAUAGAGAGGAGCUAUGCGGACGAAGCUUAAAAUGUGUGGUGGAACUGGAGGCCAUUGUAAAUUCUCCGUUGAAUAUGUACCGUUUUGAAGUAAACGUUUUAGAUAUAAAUGAUAAUGCACCUGCAUUUGCCUCCGAGAAAAAAUAUCUGAAUAUUUCAGAGCUGGCUUUGCCAGGAGAUAGGUUUCCGUUACAGAACGCGUUUGACGCAGAUGUGGGCAGUAAUUCUAUAAAGAGCUACAAGCUCAGUACAAAUGAACACUUUUCUCUGGAUGUACAGGGCGCAGGAGAGCAGAGUGUGUCUGCUGAGUUAGUGCUGCAGAAAGCUUUAGAUCGAGAGAAACAGCCUUUAAUUCAUCUCACACUGACCGCUCUAGACGGAGGAAAACCUCCAAGAUCAGGGACAAUGGAGAUAACCGUAAAUGUUGAGGAUGUAAAUGAUAACAUUCCGGUAUUUAGUAAAUCACUUUAUAAAGCUCGUGUGAGUGAGAAUGCGCCACAUGGUACAUCAGUUAUAACUGUUCAUGCAAGUGAUUUAGAUGAGGGUCUGAACGGCGAAGUAGUUUAUUCUCUUCUCAAUCAUGACUCUAACAAAAUAAUGCCAUUUGCUAUAGAUUCCACUUCCGGUUUGAUAUCUGUCCAAGGCAAUAUAGACUACGAAGAAUAUGCUGCGAUUGAAAUACGUGUCCAGGCAAAAGAUAAAGGCCCAAACCCAAGAGUGGCUCACUGUAAAGUUUUAAUUGAAAUUAUCGAUAUUAACGAUAAUGUACCUGAAAUAUCAGUGACAUCUCUCGCUGAAACUGUGAGAGAGGACGCUGGUGCGGAUACAAUGGUGGGGUUGAUAACUGUUAAAGAUGGGGAUGCAGCUAAAAACGGUGCUGUUAUUCUUAAGAUACGUGAUUCGGUACCGUUCAAAGUACAAAAUACUUACAAAAAUAAAUAUUCUCUGGUAGUAAACGGCCCUCUAGACAGAGAGCGCGCGUCCGUGUAUAACGUGACCAUCACAGCUACUGAUGAAGGGACUCCGCCUCUCUCCAGCACCAGUGUCAUUGCUGUACACGUUUCUGAUGUGAAUGACAACGCGCCGCGCUUUCCAGAGCCCGUCAUUAAUGUUUAUGUGAAAGAGAACAGUCAGAUUGGAGCUGUUAUUCAUACAGUAUCUGCUUUAGAUCCUGAUGUAGGUGAUAAUGCCCGGAUAACAUAUUCUUUACUAGAAAGCUCUAAAAGCGGCCCGGUAACAUCCAUGAUCAACAUAAACUCUGACAGUGGAGAUAUACACAGUUUACAGACGUUUAACUAUGAGGAGAUCAAAACAUUUCAGUUUAAGGUUCAGGCCACAGACUCUGGUGUUCCUCCUCUCAGCAGUAACGUGACUGUAAAUGUUUUUAUCCUGGAUGAGAAUGACAACAGUCCCGGGAUUCUCGCGCCCUAUUCCGAGCUCGGUUCCGUUAACACAGAGAACAUUCCCUAUUCUGCUGACGCGGGCUACAUUGUGGCCAAGAUCAGGGCUGUAGAUGCAGAUUCUGGUUACAAUGCGCUGCUGUCUUACCACAUCUCUGAACCCAAAGGAAACAAUCUGUUCCGAAUCGGAACCAGCAGCGGGGAGAUCAGGACUAAGAGGAGAAUGAGUGACAAUGACCUGAAAACUCACCCGUUGGUCAUUUUGGUUUGUGAUAACGGAGAGCCCUCACUGUCAGCGACUGUGUCUAUUGAUGUUGUGGUUGUUGAAAGCGCUGGUGACGUCAAGACCCCAUUCAGACAUGCGCCGAUAAAGGAGGAGAGUUUCUCGGAUUUAAAUCUGUAUUUGCUGAUCGCCAUUGUGUGUGUGUCCGUCAUCUUUUUACUGAGCCUCAUCAGUUUGAUAGCGGUAAAAUGCCACAGGACAGACGGCAGUUUGGGCAGGUACAGCGCCCCGAUGAUCACCACACACCCUGACGGGAGCUGGUCUUACUCCAAAGCUACUCAGCAGUAUGACGUGUGUUUUAGCUCGGACACACUGAAGAGUGACGUAGUGGUUUUCCCCGCGCAAUUUCCGCCUGCAGAUGCAGAACUGAUCAGUAUUAAUGGAGGAGACACUUUUACCAGAACACAAACACUUCCUAAUAAAGAGAAGGUAAGAUAA